CUUGGGACCCUUGGACCUUCCAGAAUGAAGCCUAUGUUUUACUUGCCGAACGACUGGUGGUUGUUCUUGUACUAUGUGUUCACCGUGGCUGGGCUAACCAACGUAUUGGUGGGUAUAUUCAAGGGGAGAUCUUAUGAGGGGGUGUCGUACCAAACCUUUUCGGUUUAUGUACUAUGGAGUGUUACAACGUUUACAACUUACUUCUAUCCAGACAUGCGCCUUCCAUCGGAAUUUCAUCUACUCGUAUUAACUGGAGUAAUGUCCAUGUGGAUUACUGCUUUGUACUUUCCUUAUCGGCAAACUUAUCAAAGAAAAUAUGAUAUAAAAUCAUAUGGUGCCUGUAUAUCUUUGAUGAUCAUCAUGCUUUAUUUCUUAGAAAAGGAUUUUUCAAAGGUUCUGGAAUUGUCUGCACUUUCGAUGUCAAUAACACUUCACAUCCCACAAGUCGUAUUAGUGCUCGAAAGCAAGAAAAUUAACCUGUAUAUUUUGGGAUUUCUAAUUCAUCUAUUUUUUGCGAAAAUAUUCUUCCUGUUGCACACAAUAUGUUAUCCAAGAUAUUAUGUAGUUGAUUUAAUCCACGGAAUACUUGGAUUACUAUUGGUCAUAGUCUUCAUCCCCCUAUUUUGGAUCUCUGACCUAAAGUUUGAUAUGAGCCCUUUCAUUGAAAAAGACACUAAAAAUAUCGCCCAGAAUACAAUUAAACUUGAACGAGAAGGCCGACUACACCCCGUGGAUGAUAUUGUGACUGUAGUAAGCCACAAGCAGGUAAUAAUUAAAAAAAAGGUCCAACAAAAACAACAGAACCUUCCAAAGCCUGACUCAGGAAAUGGGGUCCAACAAAAACAACAGGACCUUCCAAAGCCUGACACAGAAAAGGGGGUCCAACAAAAACAACCGGACCUUCCAAAGCCUCACACAGAAAUGGUACUGAAAGUUGUGCCAAUCAAACCAAACGAUUCAAUGGCCUAAAUAUGUAUUUACAGUUUUUGACGACGCGACGACUAGACUAGCGUAUUUGAUGAUGGAUUUUAACAUUAUAAUAUAUAGUGUAUAAUCACAUAAUAUAUCGUACAUUAUAUCGUAGGUUUAAGUUUUGCUUUUUUACUUUGUUAACAAUUAUUGUACAACUUAUACGUUACUAUAAUUAGAUUCUUAUUUGAGUUCCACAGUCGCUAAAUAUUUCAUCCAAAUCUCUAUUAUAUCGGAUUUACUAUCUUCAUCGUAUUUUUAUGAUCCCUGUAAGUCAAAUGAGUCCCUAAUUACACACAAUUACAUAUUUGAAUCUGAGAUCAAAAUAUGAAUUGUAUUUACAGACAUAGAUAUAGACACAGUCCUACAUUCCCUGUAAACGUGGAUUCCAAAAACUUGGUUAUUUUCCUCCAUUUCUGCCGGUUCUUUUCUUUUUCUCUCAAAUCUCAUCGAUUUCGCCAUUUCUUACCCACUCAGUAUUGUUUUAAAAUUUUAGCACUUUGCUUUCCCAUAUCUCUGCUUUUUUCUUUCUUACUUAGGCACCUUUCUACCUUAAGGUGUAAGGCUGGUGGAGUUGAGUUUUGCAUUGUUGUCUCCAUGCUUUCCAAUCUUUUGUUACGUUUCAUACACUUUCCAAUAUCAAUCCUUUCUUCUCGACUUCUUUUCUGAUUUCAUCUACUUUCAUUUACCCUCAUAACUCUAAGUAUUCCUCUCUUUUGUUUUUUCCCUACACCUUCGUUUCAAACAUUUGGUUUGUUAGUCUCUCGUUCGCCAUUCUGCAAACGUGCCUGAACCAUCUAAGUUGUCCUUAUACUAUUUUUUCAUUGAUUGGUUCUAGUUUAAGAACCUCAUUUCCAUAGCAUUGGCCCUGGAUUUUUGUCUCCUCUGUCUUCCCGUCAAUGUACAUGUCUCGAUGCUAUACACGAUUGUUAAUCUAACGACUGCCGUGUUUACCUUCUCAUAUCUUCCGUUUUUACCGUUUUUACCUUCUUAAAUCAUAGUGUUAAAUAAGCUUCUUGCUCAUCCCAUUCUCUCAUUUAUUUCCAUGUCUUGUUUACAAUUUGAUUGAAUUAUUACUCCUAGUUAUUUAAAAUAUUCCACCUGCUUUAGUCGUUUCACGUCUAGUUCUAUUCCGUGUGUCUUCCUCGUAUUUGAAUUUAUUAUUGUUUUUUUUUUCUCUAUAUUUAUUUUCAUAUUUAUGUUUGAUCGUUCUUCUUCUACGAUUUGAAGAUUGUUCUGUAAGUCUUCUCUGUUUUCUGCUAUCAAUAACAUGUCGUCUGCAAAUAGUAGCUCCGAUAGUGUUGAGUCUGUUUCAUUUACCAGUAUCCUAAGGUUACUUUUCUCAUUCUUCUUUUGGCUUUCUUUAUUGCUUCAUCGAGUACCACUGGACUCAACACGCAUCCCUGUUUGACGCCUUGAUUUGUGGUAAAUUCUCUGGAUUCCUCGUUAUUGGUUCCUAAUUGUAUUAUUUUUGUACAUAUCCUUUAUUAAGUCUCUUAUGUUCCUGUUGAUUCCCCUUUCCAUUAAUGUCUUCCUUAUGUCCUUUCUUCGGAUUCUGUCAAACGCCUUCUUCAGGUCGAUGAAGCAUAUAUGUAUCACUCUAUUCUUAUUGCUUAUUUUCUUUUUUCUUUCUGCUGGUUCAUAGUCAACGAUUCUCUGGCAUACAAUAUCACCGUGGGUUUGAAUACUGUCUCGUAAUCAAACAGGUUAUCUGUUCUUGACUCAUCUUUGUUAAUUUUUUGCCUGUCCCUUUACUUUCUUUCCCCGUGUUCUUACUCUUAAAUUCUGACACUUUUUUAAAACUAUAGCCUUUUAAUUUUGAUAUAUUUGUUAUUAUUUGUUAUGUCUGCCCACAUUUCCAUAUGGGUACUGCUUUUUAAUUUGGUUUAUUUUUAGUCUGCUUCUUCGUCAAAUUUCUGGAAAACUUCUAUACCUUAUAAUUUUCGUACUCCGUUAUGUCGCCUUUUUAUAGACCGGACAAAUAAGAACGCUAUUCCAUUGUUUGGACAUUUCUUUGUUUUGGCAAACUGCUAAUGUCAAGAGGAACACUCUUUCUUCCAGUCUUUCGCCCCCUUCUUUAAAAAUUGCAGAUAAGAUACCACAUUUCUCCUGCAGUUUUGAUAUCACUAAGGUGUCUAAUUAUUCCUUUAACUUCAUUCAAAAGUGAUUCCUCUCACGCCCCUUCUUCAUAUUGUUGUAAAUUUUUAUUUCCCUCUAGUUCCUCUUGUUAGUCUGUAUUUAGCAGAUCUUCGAAAUACUCCGCUCAUCUGUUUAAUUUUUCUGUGGUUUGUCCUAGAAGUAAAUCUUCUUUAUUUCUGCGAUACUUUGUAUUAUUCUUUUUAGAUUCGCUGAAUUUUUUAACUUCAUGGUAGAAAUUCUUUUACCCUUUUUUGUGUGGGGUUUCUAUGGUUUUCAAUGAUUUUUUUCUAGCUUUCUGCAAAUUUUCCUAAUUUCUCUUCUUCUAACCACAUAGUUUUCGAUCGCAUUUUGAGUAUUUUCUCUGGGUUACAGAAAUACCUUGCUGAAAUAUCUUUACCAGGACUUCUUUUUCAACUCCUUUUAGUUACUUUAUACUUCACUGGAUGAUUUAUUUUCGGUGUUUUGUUAUCAAUUAAUACAAUAUUCAGACAUACCCUAAUAAAUUCAGUGUGACAAUAAUUGUUUAAUAAGGUUUUGUAUAUAAUCAGCUUUUUUAAAUUUAUAUAUACCAUAAUAUAUCCAUAUUAUGUAUUAUUGUAUAUACCUACACAUGACCAUUUUAUAUUUACCCAUAUUAAUAUUUUGUACAUAUUAUGCUAGUCAAAAUACAAUAAUAUCUUUUUAUAAAAAAUACGCUGAUUGUCCAAAUUGUGCAGUAGAAUCAAGAUGAAUAAUUUUGAUAAUAAUACUGAUAUAUGACAAUAUUUUCACUAAUUUUUAUUAUUUCUGUUAAACUUAAAACUUGAUUUCGACAAAUUUUUUUUGGUAAUAUGUAUUUUUCUUUUUGGGGCCAUCAUUACAUACUCGAUAUUAUUACAAAUUAAGUGUUUCGACUAGCACUAGAAUAGUAUUCUUUUAUUUUUAUUAUAUCAUAUAUCAUAUUAUAUAUUUUAUUUUUAGUUUUAUUAUCCUAUCACUAUAUAUCAUAGAUUUAAGUUUUGGUUUUUUACUCUAUUAACAAUUAUUGUACAACUUACCUUCUUCUUCUUCAUGUGCCGUGCUCGAUUAUUGAGCGUUGGCUAUCAAAUUGCCUAUAGUAAUUUUGUCGACGGCAGCUCGGAAAAGUGAUGCAGAGGAUCAAAUCUGUUAAACCAUUCUCUGAGGUUUUUAAACCAUGACGUUCUUCUUCGACUUGGCCCCCUUCUUCCGUGCAACUUAAACUUUACUAUAAUCAGGUUCUUAUUUCCUUGCCAAAAUCGCCACAUAUUUCAUUCAAACCCCUUGGUGUAUCGGCUUUACUAUUAUUGUAAUUCUCUUUACCUCUCUGUGAGUCUAAUUCGUUCCUAAUUACACUCGAUUGUAAAUUUGAAUCUGAGAUCAAAAUACUGAUUAUUGUAUUUAAAUAUAUAGAACAGUGCUAUAGACCUUGCUUCCAAAAUAUUGGUUAUUUACCUUCAUGUUUUCCAGUCCCUUGGUUUUUAUCCCCUUCAUUAAUCUUUUAUCUAUUUGUUUUGUCCGUAUCUUUUUGCCUCUUCUUCAAAUUUCUUGAAGAUUUUUCUAGAGGUUUAUUCAUUAUCGGGAAGGGUUUUUAGAUUACUCCUAAAUAGUCCUGAUCAUCAUUAAUGGGGUUACAACUCUUCGUGAGUCUUUGCCGCGUUUGCUAUUGCCUUCCAUGUUUGUCGGUCCUGUGCCACUAAAUCUCAUUGUCUCACUCCUAUAUUCUACAGAUCGUCUUUGACUGCAUCUUUCCACCUUUUUCUAGGCGUCAUAUAGACCUUCUUCCAUCUAGCCUUUCCCAGAACACAUUGUUUAUAAGGCGAUUGUCGUUACUGCGUAUCACAUGCACUUCCCAUCUAGGUAAGUCUAUUGGACUUUAUAUAUCUGAAUAGAUAUUCGUUUCCGUUAUUGUAUCUGCGCCUCCAUUCGUUUGUCACGCUAUCUCUGCAAGGGCCAUAUAUCAUUCGAAGGAUUUGACGUUCCCACACCAGCCAUUUAUUUACUUUUCUUUUUGUUAGCGUCCAUGUUUCGCUUCCAUACGCAACUGCUGGUCGUAUUAUGGUCUUAAAUAUCUGGGUUUUUGCACCUAGUGAAGGAAGUUUUGACUUCAUUAGAUGUUUCAUUACAAAGAAGGUUCUGUUUCCUGCCAUUAUUCGCGUUUCAACUUCUCGCUCUAUUUUGUUGUCAUUUGUGAUUGCAAGAUAUUUAAAUUCUUUAACCAUAGUGCUAUUAUACCUUUAUAGUUCCCGCUCCCUGAUUUGUCACCUUUUUUGUAGAUCAGAAAAAUACGAGCGCUAUUCCACUCUAUCGGCAUUUCUUCCUUUGGCAAAACUGCUAAUAUUAAGCGGAAUAUUCUUUACUUCAGUCUUUUGCCACGUUCUUUUAAAUUUUUAUCUGAGGUACCACUUUGUAAUAUAACAUUCAUUAAAAUAGGACGGCUGCGUUGGAUGGGACAUGUAGAAAGAAUGGAAGAAGGCGAAAUACCAAACAAAAUAUUCAAACAGAUGCCAGUAGGAAAAAGAACAAGAGGAAGACCGAAGCUGAGAUAUUUAGAACAAAUAGAAAAUGAUAUAAAAACCUUAAAAAUAAAAAACUGGAGAAAAAAAGUACGAAACAGAUCAGAGUGGAGAAGAAUCCUGGAACAGGCCAAGACCCAGAAAGGGCUGUCGAGCCAAUGAUGAUGAUGAUGACCACUUUGUAAUUCCGCUCAUAUAUGUUUAAUUCUUUUUAAUUUUUAUUUGAUUUUAAAUUCCCAAUACUUCAGUGCCGUACAUCAUAUUUAGUUUCACAUUGACCAUGUUGCUGAAAUUACUACCAUUUUGGCAUUUUGGUAGCACAUUAAGAAAUACCCUAAUAAAUUCAGUGUGACAAUAAUUGUUUAAUAACAUAUUCUAUAUAAUCAGCUUUUUUGUGUGUAAAUAUGUACAUACAUAAAAUAUAUUUUAACCAUUUUAGAAUAAGGUAUUCUAUAAUCAGUUUUUUUAUAUUUAUACAUACCAUAUAACCAUAUAUCCCUAUAUAUAAUAAUAUAUCCCUAUACAUAACAAUUUUAUAUUUAUCCAUACCAAUAUUUUGUAUAAUAUGCUGGUCAAAACACAAUAUCUUCUGAAUGCUGAUUGACCAAAUUGCACAAUAGAUGAUCAAAAUGAAUAAUUUUGAUAGUAAUGAUAAUAUUUACACUAUUUUUUAACGACGAUCAUUGCCGCUAUACUUUUAAACUUGAUUUCCACAAAUUUUUUCCAGGAAUGUUUUUCUUUCUAUAGCGAUCACUACUCAUUAUAAUAUUUUAACAUUUUUUACCGAUUUGCUCUUACAAAACUACAAAUUCCUGGAAGAGUGUUUCGACUAGCGCUAGAAUAGUGUUUUUGACAGUUCUUGAUGACGAUUUGUGCAUUUUAGAACCGAGUUGACAAAAUUAUUGUACAUCAUAUGUUUAACAAUAUAUAUAUAUAUAUAUAUUCUAUAUAAUCAGCUUUUUUGUACAUAUGUAUCUACAUACAUAAAAUAUAGCCAUAUAUAUUUUAACCAUUUUAGAAUAAGGUAUUCUAUAAUCAGUUUUUUAUAUUUAUACAUACCAUAUAACCAUAUUAUAGUAUAUUAUAUAUCUCUACACAUAAUAAUUUUAUAUUUAUCACUAUCAAUAUUGUGUAUAUGUUAGUCAAAACACAAUAUCUUCUGAAUGCUGAUUGACCAAAUUGCACAAUAGAUUCAAAAUGAAUAAUUUUGAUAGUAGAAUUGAUAAUAUUUUCUCACUAUUUUUUAACGACGAUCAUUUCCGCUAUACUUUUAAACUUGAUAUCCACAAAUUUUUUCCAGGAAUUUUCCAGGAAUUUUCUUUCUGGAGCGAUCACUACUCAUUACAAUAUUUUAACAUUUUUUACCGACUUGCUCUUACAAAACUACAAAUUCCUGGAAGAGUGUUUCGACUAGUGCUAAAAUAGUGUUCUUGAUGACGGUUUGUGCAUUUUAGAACCUAGUUGACAAUUAUUGUACAUCAUAAUAUGUUUAACAAUAUAUUAUAUAUUCUAUAUAAUCAGCUUUUUUGUACAUAUGUAUGUACAUACAAUAUAGCCAUAUAUAUUUUAACCAUUUUAGAAUAAGGUAUUCUAUAAUCAGCUUUUUUAUAUUUAUACAUAAUAUAGUACCAUAUUAUAGUAUAUUAUAUAUCUCUACACAUAAUAAUUUUAUAUUUAUCACUAUCAAUAUUGUGUAUAUGUUAGUCAAAACACAAUAUCUUCUGAAUGCCGAUUGACCAAAUUGCACAAUAGAUUCAAAAUGAAUAAUUUUGAUAGUAAUAUUGAUAGUAUUUUCACUAUUUUUUAACGACGAUCAUUGCCGCUAUACUUUUAAACUUGAUAUCCACAAAUUUUUUCCAGGAAUUUUCCAGGAAUUUUCUUUCUGGAGCGAUCACUACUCAUUACAAUAUUUUAACAUUUUUUACCGACUUGCUCUUACAAAACUACAAAUUCCUGGAAGAGUGUUUCGACUAGCGCUAGAAUAGUGUUCUUGAUGACGAUUUGUGCAUUUUAGAACGUAAUUUACAAUUAUUGUAUUAUACAUUAUGUUUAACAAUAUAUUAUAUAUUCUAUAUAAUCAGCUUUUUUGUACAUAUGUAUCUACAUACAUACAAUAUAGCCAUAUAUAUUUUAACCAUUUUAGAAUAAGGUAUUCUAUAAUCAGCUUUUUUAUACUUUUAUACAUACCAUAUUUACCAUAUUAUAGUAUAUUAUAUAUCCCUAUACAUAACAAGUUAAUAUUUAUCCAUAUCAAUAUUUUGUAUAUGCUAGUCAAAACACAAUAUCUUCUGAAUGCUGAUUGACCAAAUUGCACAAUAGAUGAUCAAAAUGAAUAAUUUUGAUAGUAAUGAUAAUAUUUUCACUAUUUUUUAACGACCAUCAUUUCCGCUAUACUUUUAAACUUGAUUUCCACAAAUUUUUUCCAGGAAUGUUUUUCUUUCUGGAGCGAUCACUACUCAUUAUAAUAUUUUAACAUUUUUUACCGAUUUGCUCUUACAAAACUACAAAUUCCUGGAAGAGUGUUUCGACUAGCGCUAGAAUAGUGUUUUUGACAGUUCUUGAUGACGAUUUGUGCAUUUUAGAACCGAGUUGACAAAUAUUCCUCAUCAUAAUGUUUAACAAUAUGUAUAUAUAUAUAUAUAUAUAUAUAUAUCAUUAUACAUAUCAUAGAUUUAAGUUUUGCUUUUACUUUGUUAAUAAUUAUUGUACAGUGUAUACGUUAUGGUAAUAAGGUUUUUAUUUUUCCUUUCAACAAUCGCUAAAUAUUUCAUCCAAACUUGCUGGUAUACCGGCUUUACUAUCAUCAUCGUAAUUGCCUUUCCUAUUUGCAGGUACUAUCAUCAUCGUAAUUGCCUUUCCUAUUUGCAGGAAAAAAUCUUUCCUAAUUACACUCGAUUACCAAUUUCAUCUAAGAUCAAAAUACCAAUUGUAUUUAUAGACACCAGAGCUACAGGCCUCGUACCACAGGAUUCCAAAUACUUGGCUAUAUUCCUCCAAUGUUUCCAGUUCUUUUUUCUCCAAUCUCUAAGGCGUAUCAUUAUUUUCUUCUAUUUUCCCAUUUCUCUCUUCUUCAGUAUUGUUUUAACAUUUGACCGCCUUUCUUUCUCAGAUCUCUAGUUUCUUUUCUUCCCGUUAGUUCAUAAUACUCGUUUCAUACAAACAUCACCAUGGGUCCGAUUACUGUCUUGUAGACUCACAGUUAACUGUUCUCGAUACAUUUAUUGCUUUCAGUAUUACUUUUAAUGACCCUACGGCUCUGUCCCCCUUCUUCUUUUGCAGAUCUGUAGAUAUUUUGUCUACGUCGUUUGUCCGUAUCUUUUUAAGUAUUUACCUCUUUUUUAAGUAAGUUACAGGCUACUUCUAAUAGUUAGUUAUUUUCUUCUUUUGCAGAUCUGUAGAUAUUUUGUCUACGUCGUUUGUCCCUAUCUUUUUAAGAAUUUAUCUCUUUUUUAAAUUUACUUAAAAAAGAGAUAAAUGCUUAAAAAGAUACGGACAAACGAAGUAGACAAAAUGUCUACAGAUCUGAAAAAGAAUAGUAGUUAUUAAUAGUUACUACUAGAAGUAGCCUCUAUCUUACUUAAAAAAUAGAUAAAUACUUAAAAAUAUACGGAGAAACAACGUAGACAAAAUAUCUACAGAUCUUCAAAAGAUGAAGGGGGACAGAGCCGUAGGGUCAUUAAAAGUAAUGCUGAAAACAGAAAAUGCAUCAAAAACAGCUAAAAACUGUGAAGAAAAGAGAAUAACUGUUAUUUUCUUGGUCACUUAUUAUUUCUCAUCUCAUCUUUCAAAGUUAUUUACUCGCACGUCCCUUCUUCAUAUUCUUGUCAAUUCUCAUUUUCCUCUAGUUCCUUUUGUUAGUCUAUUUUUUUUAAGUUUUCCGCCCAUUUAUUUCAUUUUUCUGUCGUGUCUCCCAGAAGUAAGCCUUUUGUGUUUUUGCAAUACUUUGCAUUAUUUUUUUUUCUCUGGAUUUUUUAAAUUUGUGGUAAUAAUGUUUGACACUUUGUAUAUGUGGGCUUUAUGUUUUUCAAUUGUUUUUGAGCUGUUCUCUUUUCUUCUUUCUGCCAAUUCGUCUAAUUACUCUUCUUCUAACCACAUAUUUUUUGAUCGUAUUUUGAGUAUUUUCUCUUUAUUACAGACAUAACUUGCUUAUAUCUUUCACCAGAUCUUCUUUUGCUACUCCUUCCAGUUAUUUUACACUCUUUAUAUUGGAUGAUUUAUUUUCGGUGUUUUAUCAUCAAUUAAUAAUUAUUGGUAACUUAUUCAGAUGUACCAACCUAACAAAUUCAGUAUGACAAUAACUGAUUAAUAAGGUAUUGUAUAUAAUCAGCUAUUUAUAUUUAUACAUACCAUAUAUUAUAUUAUAUUAUAUUAUAUAUUAUACCUAUACAUAACCACUUUCUAUUUAUCCACAUGUAUAAUAUUUUGUAUAAAUAUGCUAGUCAAAACACAAUAUCUCCUUCACGCUGAUUGUCCAAAUUGUACAAAGGAAUCAAAAUGAAAAAUUUUGAUCAUGUACUGACAAUUUUUUCACUAUUUUUUAACAUCACUUCCGCUACACGUUAAAGUUGAUUUCGGCAAAUUUUUUUCAAGAAUAUUUUCCUUUCUAGACUGAUCAUUAUUCUUUGUAAUGUUUCACAUUUACUACCGUCUUGUUCUCACUAAACUAAAAAUUCCUGGAAGUGUGUUUCGACUAGCACUAGAAUAAUGUUCUUGACAGUUAGAACCGAGUUCACCAUUAUUGUACAUCAUAUUAUAAUUGACAAUAUGUAUAUAUCAUUAUCAUAGAUUUAAGUUUUGCUUUUUACUUUGUUAACAAUUAUUGUACAACUUAUACGUUAUGAUAAUAAGUUUAUUAAUUCUUUUCAACAAGCGCCAAAUAGUUCAUCCAAUCUUCCUGGUAUAUCGGCUGUACCAUAAUAAUCCUAAUUUUCUUUUCUCUCUGUAAGACAAAUCUUUUCCUAAUUUUAUUCGAUUACAAACUUGAUCCGAGAUCAAAAUACAAAUUGUAUUUACAGGCAACAGAGCUACAGGCCUUGUAUCCUGGCUUCCAAAACCUUGGUUAUGUUCCUCAAUUGUUUUCGGUCCCUUGUUUUCCUUCCAAUUUCUCAGGCGUAUUUUUGACAAGUCUUACUUUACUGCUUUCGACCAUUUCUUCUUUGGACGUUCUCUUCUUUUUUCCCAUUUCUCCCUCCUUCAUUAUUGUUUUAACAUUUGAGCACCUUUUUUACCAAAUCUCUAGUUUCCUUUCCUCCUGCUAUAAUUUAUUUCACGUUAAGAAUAGAACAUUGCGAAGAUAUCCCCAUGCAUUUGUUAUGAAUGAUAGAAGCGCGCCGAUACCACGCCGUACUGAUUAAAAUGAAUCAUAUAUCGGCAGUCGAGUAGCCACCCGUGCCCGAGAGGUUUGUCAACACUGAUCUCCAAAAGCGUAACGUUCUAUUCUUAACGUGAAAUAAAGUAUAGUUCAUAAUCUACAUUUCAUACAUACAUUACCAUGGAUCUGAUUACAGCCUCGUAGACUCACAGUUCUCAGACCCACUGAUCUUGAUACAUUUCUUGCUUUUAGUAUUACUUUUAAUGACCCAACGGCUCUGUCCCCCUUCUACUUUUGUAGAUCUGUAGAUAUUUUGUCUACGCUUUUGGUCUGUAACUUUUUAAGCAUUUAUAUCUUUCUGAAGUAUUUUAUAGGCUAGUUUUAAUAGUUAUUUUCUAGGCCUCUUAUUAUUUAUUUAACUUCAUUCAAAGUUGGUUCCUCGUACGUCCCCUCUUCAUAUUCUUGUAAAUUUUCAUUUUCCGCUAGAUCCUCUUGUUAUUCUAUAUUUAACAGAUUUUCGGAUGUACCCAGCCCAUCUGUUUAAUUUUUCUGUUGUUUCUCCUAGACCUAAAUCUUCUUAGUUUCUGCAAUACUUUGUAUUAUUCUUUUUAGUUUCUCUGGAUUUUUUAACAUCGUGGUAGAACUUCUUAACCUCUUUGAAUAUGUAGGAUUUUUUGAUUUUCAAUUAUUUUACUAGCUGUUCUCUUUUCUUCUUUCUGCAAAAUCUUUUAAAUCCUUUUCUGCUAAUCACAUAUUUUCCGAUAGUAUUUGAGUAUUUUCUCUGUUGUACAGAUAUAACUUCUUUUUCUACUCCUUUCAGUUACUUAACACUCUUCAUAUUAGAUGCUUUUUGUUCGGUGUUUUGGCAUCAAAUGGUACCUACCGUAUUCAGAUAAACCAACCAAAUAAAUUCUGUGUGACAAUAAUUGUUUAAUAAAGUAUUCUAUAUAAUCAGAUUUUUAUAUUAAUACAUACUAUAUAUACAUUAUACAUAUUAUAUAUUUUUUAUAUAUAACUUAUACAUAAACAUUUUAUAUUUAUCCAUAUUAUGUAUAUGCUAGUCAAAACACAAUAACUUCUGUAUGCUGAUUGUUUAAAUUGUACAAUAGAACCAAAAGGAAUAAUUCUGACGAUAAUAUUUUCACUAUUUUUAACAUCAUUUCUGCUAUAAUUUAAUUUUCAUUUCGACAAACUUUUCUCAGGAAUAUUUUAUUUAUGGAGAUUUUACAAUUUUUACCAUCUGGCUCUCACUAAACUACAAAUUCCUGUAAAUGUGUAGCGACUAGCACUAGAAUAGUGUUUUUGACAGUACUUGACGACGCAUUUGAUAACGGAUUUUGACACUAUAUUAUAUCAUAUUAUUAUGUUUGACAUUAUUUAUCAUUAUAUAUCAUAGAUUUAAAUUUUGCUUUUUUACUUUGUUAACAAUUAUUGUACACCUUAUAGGUUAUUAUAAUAAGGUUCUUGUUUCCUUUAUACAAUCGCCAAAUAUUCCAUCCAAACUCAUUGGUAUAUCGGAUUUACUAUCAUCGUAAUUUUGUUUACCUUCCUGAAAUUCUCUCUCUCUGAACUUUUUCCUAAUUAUACUCGAUUACAUAUUUGUAUCUUAGUUCAAAAUGUUAAUUGCAUUUACAGCCAUAAUUUUCUUAACUGUCUUUUACCAGGUUUUGUUUCCUGCUCUAUCCAGGUACUUUACAUCCUUCUUAUUACAUGGGUUUUUUCGGCGUUGAACUAUCUCAGCCUAUCCUCUCUCGUGUUGACAUCUUUACUCCGAACAAUAUUUACUCCGAACAAAUUUUUUAAAAAGCACUGGAUGAAGCAAAUGAAGGCAAAAAAAUCAAUGGAGAAUUGACAAAUAACAUCCGAUAUGCGAACGAUACAGUGGUACUUGCCAGAGUAGUAUCGAUGAACUGCAGUAUCUUAUGGACAGGGUACAAAGAGCGAGUGCAGAAAGAGGACUUAACCUCAACAUAAAUAAAACAAAAUGGAUGCUGGUCAGCAAAACUCGAAAACAUGCCAGACAAUUGAAAAUUAAAAAACCAAUUAAUUGAACACGUUGACUCGUAUAUAUACCUUGGAACAGUUGUCAACUGGAAAUGGGAUCAAACAACCGAAAUACGAUCUAGAAUUAAAAAGGGCAAAGCAACAUUUAACAACAUGAGAAAUAUAUUCACCCAUUCCGACAUAUCUCUCACACCAAAAAUACGGCUGCUAAAAUGCUAUGUAUUUCCAGUCUUGCUGUAUGGACACUAACGGAAACAUUAAUGAGGAAGCUGGAGGCAUUCAAAAUGUGGGUGUAUCGACGUAUACUCAAAAUAUCCUGGACGACUCACACCACCAACGUAAAGGUAUUGCGCCGAAUGGGAAAACAAAAAGAAAUCUCUUUCACAAUUAAAAAACGGAAACUUGAAUUCCUCGGUCAUAUUAUGAUACAUGAUAAAUAUCAUAUACUCCAACUGUUUAUAUAGGGUAAAAUAGAAAGCAAACGAGGACCCGGCAGAAGAUGACACUCAUGGCCAAAACUUACGCCAAUGGUUUGGACUAACAUCGAUCGAGUUAUUCAGAAACGCCGCAAACAAAAUUAAAAUUGCUAUGAUGAUAGCCAACGCAACGUCCGCAACGGACAAGACACAUGAAGAAGAAGAUGGAAGUCUUUUCUUUCAUUUUUCAUAUUCUGCACUAUGGUUCACUUUCCUUACCUAGUUUUUUGGAUAGAACUUUUCUUAAACGACACGUUCAGUCACCAUUUCCGUGAUCGUUUUAUUCUCUCGUUUUUUGAGGUUCAUCAAAUUUUUCGAGGGUUUUUGUUAUCAAUAUUCUUGAUUAUCUUCUAAGUAUUGAUUUGCCCUUAAAUGAGUCUCCAUUUUUUAUGAUUCCUUAUAAAGGGACGAUUCCGAACAAUACCGCAAACUGCAAACCGCAGACCGCAGCGACAGACCUACUGGUUCAUAUGGUUUCUUAUGAGCUGUAUGUCGAGUAGAGCGGCACUGUCGCCGCCGCACGCAGAACGUCGCCACCGCAGACCGCAGUACUCCACCAGAAUCAGUAGUGUCGCCGACCGCAGAGCGACAACACGUAUUUUUGCUGUUUCCAAAUUGACUGAAAAGUGAAAAGAAUUGAAUUUCUUUUGAAAAUGAGUAUUUCAAAUGAAGAAUAAGAGCAAUAAUUAAUUAAUUUUGUACCAAAAUAUUAAAGAUAUUUACGACGCAGGAUUCCUUCAAAUUGUCUAUUUUUAAAUAGAGACUUAGUUGACUUCCUUUUUCUUUUAUAAUGCAAAAGUAAAAGAUCGUCGUCAUCUUCUUCUUCCAUAAAAUGAUAUAACAUUAAUUCAUCGCUGUUCGUUGCGUCUGACAUCCUACUUAUACGAUUUUUAAUACAAAUUAUACUAUUAUAAAUUCCCAUCGUGCAAUGCUGCUGUCGCUAUUAUGUAGAUUCCGUGCAGUUCUGCUCUGAAUUGGCCUGACCGCAGAAGACACUGUCGCUGCAGUCUGCGGUUUGCGGUCUGCAGUGUGCAGCCACUUUCGGAAUCGUACCUUUAGCCACUUCUAAACCUCGUUUCCUGUAGCAUAUUUAGUAAUGCCACAGAAUGAUUUUGGGCCCACAAAACCUUGUUUUGCAAAAAAAUCUGUUCUUUCAUUCCUAUUCCCUUCAUGAUCUUUUUCUUUACGUGCCAUCUCCGUGACAAGGUUGGCAAUCAUCAUGGCCAUUCUGAUCUUAGAUGCUGCUGCUCUGAGUAGAUCGAUUGAUGUGCAUCCGUACCAUUCCCUCAAGUUACGCAACCAUGAGAUUCUUCUCCUUCCUACACUUCUCGUGCCCUGGAUUUUCUCUUGUAUAAUUAAUUGAAGUAUGUUGUAUCUCUUAUUACGCAUAACAUGUCCCAGGUAAUGCAGCUGUCGUAUCUUGAUGGUUUACAAUAUUUCCAUUCUUUUGUUGACUCUUCUCACGACUUCUUUGGUUGUUACAUGCUCGGUGCAUGAUAUCUUCAGGAUUCUUCUAUACACCCACAGUUCAAAUGCUUCCAACUUUUAGUAGUCGAAGCAUUAAGUGUCCAUGCUUCUAUCCCGUAAAGCAGAGUCGAGAAAAUAUAAUACUUUGUCAGCCUACUAAGUCUAAUUUCAGUUCUAAUGCACAAAAUUCCUUUAUCAUUUUAUUGAAGAUUGUUCGUGCUUUCUCUAUUCGAACUUUGAUUUCUUUGGAGUAAUCAUUUGUGUGAUUAAUUAUUUGCCAUCAUAUUUGCAGUUUUCAACUUGUUUUAAAAUUUUACCUUUAAUUGUCAGGCUUUCAUCAUUAUUUUGGGUUUUUGUGAUCCUCAUAAAUUUAGUUUUCUUGAUGUUUAUGAUAAUCCAUAUUCUUCUCCAUACUUUGUUGCAUUGACCUUUAUUCCUGCUGUUUCUCCCUCAAGAGGUCUUUUCAUAAUUUCUUCAGAGUAUGCAUUGAACAGUAGUGGUGACAAUACACACCCCUAUCGCACUCGUCUUUUAAUUUCGAACUCUUCUGAAGUUUGAUGACCCGGCACCCAUAUUAAAGACACUAUCUUUUGCCAGCUUGUUGAUGACAUCUUUGCAGUUCCUCACCAAUUUUGAUUUUUUGAGUCAGUUGCGCAUUUCUUACUUAUUUUUGUUUCUUAAAUUCCCAACACUUAAGGACGUUACAUCAUAGCUAGUGCCACGGUGAUAGUGUUAAUGAAAUUACUUCCAUUUUGACCUCAAUUGGUACCAUAUUCAGAUUUACUCUAAUUCCUUUUUAUUUCCUGAUUAGUAUAGAUUUAAUAAACUCUCCUAUACAACAUUUACCCGAGUAUUAAAAUAUAUUCUUCUUCUUCUUUUUGUGUAGACAUGACCCUGUCUGUUUUUUCAAUGUGCCUCCAGUAAGUUGCCAUUCCAUCGUUUUCGUGAUCUUCAAACUUAUCGUCUCCCUUAGUACUCUAUUUGUUGUGAUUCGGCUUAUGUGGUCGUUCCAUUCUACUAUUCUGUUUUUUACCCAGUUAUUAAUGUUGUCUACCUUGCAUCUCCGUCGUAUAUCUGCACUUCUUCUUCUUAAAGUUCCAUCUCAUAUCGGAGGUUGGAUAUCAUAAUGGCUAUGGUCACUUUGUUGGCUGCUGCUCUGAACAGUUGUAAUGAACUACCGUUAAACCAUUCUCAAGGUUAAUCAGCAAGGAGACGCUUCUUCUUCCUAUGCUUCUUCUUCCUUGGAUCCUUCCUUGCAUAAUAACUCUCAGCAACUCAUAUUUUUCUCCUCUGGUAAUGUGAUCCAAAUAUUCCAGUUUUCUUGUUUUUAUACUGUUCAUAAUUUCUAACUCCUUAUUUAAACGUGGUAGCACUUCAACAUUGGUAAUCCUUUAAACCCACUGAAUUUUCAAUAUUCUUCUGUAAGACCACAUUUAGAAAGCUUCUAUUUUUCUUAUGUGUUGUUUCUUCGAUGUCUAAGCUUCCAUUCCGUAUAGUAAUAUAGAAAAUAUGUAGCAUCUUAGAGCACUCAAUCUGAGAGGCAACUAAAGGUCUUUGUUUGUAAGCAGUGUCUUCAUUUUUAUAAAUGCUUGCCUUGCAGUUUCAAUUCGGACUUUAAUUUCUUGACUUUGGUCAUUUUUGGCAUCAACACAGGUUCCCAGAUAUUUGUACAUAUUUACUUUUUCUAUUUGGGUUUGCUCUAGUAUUUAUCUUUCAUUUCCAUAUUGUGUUUUUGAGACAAUCAUAAAUUUAGUUUUUUUCUUGUUUAUUUUUCUGCACUUCUAGCUCUAUUCCAAUAUAUCCGUUCUUUAUUUGACCAUUGUUUGUCAUUGCACUUAUCUAUCUAAACAAUCUCGUCUCAGUCAAAUGUAUUUCUUUUCUGCUUCAUAUUGAUUUCUUUGAGACUCCUCAAUUUUGGUCGUAAAACCUUUGUACCAUACAUACUUUAUUUUUUACAUUAAACUCUGAGACCUGUGGCUUAAACGAAUGCUGUUUCCUGAUCAGUAGUUUUAAGCUCCCUCUGGUUCAAUCCUAAGAUGGCCAGCGGAUUCCCGCUUCAUAUAACUUAUAUUAGCAUUGCAAUGAGAUAGGGUGUGAAUAGGAUUCUCUUCUUCCAUUUCGCAUUUUCUGCAUUAUGAUUCACCCUCCAUACCUAAUUUGUAGAUUUGUUUUCUUAAACGACACUGUCCUCGGUUUUAAUCUCUCGUUUAGCGAGGUUAUUUUCUUAGUCUGGAUUUGCCCUUGAGUGGCUCUCCAUUUCUUUUCAUGAUUCUUUAUCAGCCAUUUCUAAACCUUAUUUUUUUAGCAACUUUAGUGAUGCCACAGAAUGGUUCUAUGCUUAUAAAUCUUUCUCUCAAGAAACAAAGCUUUGCCUUGUUUUACCAACAAAUCAGCUCGAUCAUUCCAUCCUAUCCAUAAUAAAGACACCUUAUUAUCUUUUGCCAGUUUUUUAAAGAGAUAUGCAGCUCCUCUGUAGUUUUUUCAUAAUGUAUGAGCUACGUACUUCAUGUUUUUAUUUGUUUUAAAUCCAUAUACAUAACUUCAGUAAAGUGCACAACUAGUUGUUACUCUGACCAUGCUGAUGAUAUUUUUCCCAUUUUGGCAUCAAUUGGUAUCAUAUUGAGACCUACCACCCUAAUAAAUUCUUCAUCAUCAAUGACGUUACAACUCUUUGUGAAUCGUUGCCGCGUUUACUAUUGCCCUCCGUGUUUGUAGGUUCUGUGCCACUAAUUCCCAUUGUCUCACUCCCAUUUUCUACAGAUCUUCUUUGACUGCAUCUUUCCACCUUUUUCUAGGCGUCAUAUAGACCUUCUUCCAUCUGGUCUUUACCAGAACACAUUGUUUAUAAGGUGCUUGUCGUUACUGCGUGUAACAUGCCCUGCCCAUGUGAGUGUAUUGAUCUUUAUGUAUCUGACUAGAUUUUUCUUUCCGAAUAGAGACUCUAACUCGUUAUUGUAUCUGCGUCUCCAUUCGUUUGUCACGCUGGCUCUGCAAGGGCCAUAUAUCAUUUGAAGGAUUUUACAUUCCCACAACAGCAAUUUAUUUACUUCUCUUUUUUUAGCGUCCAUGUUUCGCUUCCAUACGCGACUGCUGGUCGUAUAGUAUUAUGGUCUUAUAUAUCUGGAUUUUUGCACCUCGUGAAAGAAGUUUGGCUUCAGUAGAUGUUGCAUUGCAAAAAAUGAUCUGUUUCCUGCCAUUAUUCGCGUUUUUCGCUUUAUUUUGUUGUCAUUUGUGAUUGUUGCUCCUAGAUAUUUAAAUUCCUUAACCAAUUCGAAGUUAUGACCGUUUAUAGUAAUGUUUUGCCUUACUCGCCAUCGUUGUUGUUUUGAGACGACCAUCUAUUUUGUUUUGGCUACAUUUAUUUUAGACCGAUGUUUAAGCAGCUUCUUCAAAGCUCCAGAAAAUCUCAUUAACAUCUAAUGUUGAUUGUGCCACUGAUUGUAUGAUUUUUACUCCCCGAGCAGUUAUGUCUGGUUUGAUUUUUGGAUAAAUUUUUCGCAUGGCAUAUUCUAGGGUUAAACAACAAUGGGGACAAAGGAUCUCCCUGUCUCAGUCCAGAAUUUAGGCAGAAAGCAUUUGAUAUUUUCCCCCUAUUCUAACUUGUGCAAAGGAGUUACUUACACACGUUUGUGUUACCGUAGUUAGUCUCUUGGGUACGCCGAUCUCGAUCAUUGCCUUCCAUAAUGUGUUCCACUAAUAAAUUCAGCAUUACAAUAAUUGUUUAAUAAGGUAUUCUAAAUAAUCAGCUGUUUUAUAUUUAUACAUAUAUGUUUUAUAAAAUAUACAUACAUUAUGAUAUUUUUUAAGUACUUAUAACUUCUUUGUAUAUGCUAGUCAAAAGAAAAUAUCUUCAGCACCCUGAUUAUCCAAAUUGUGCAAUAUAAUCACAGGUUUUGUAGAAGUGAUCAAUAUUUAUUAUAAUAUUCACUUGUUUUUACAAUUUUACUCGUACUGAGCCACAAUUUGCUGGAAGUGUCUUUCGACUAGCAACAGAGUAAUAUUUUAGAGAUAAGUUAACUCGAAAAAUAUCUUACGACAUUCAAGAAAAUUACACCCAUCCUAUUUAUUCAAGUCACUUGAAAACUGCUAAAAUACCUUAGAGAAACCUUUGCCAUUUGUGAUCUUUGUUUAUCAGAAAAUACACACUAAAAAACAUUUUCACUUGAAAAGCUAACCUUUUAGCUACGCGAAAAUAUACCAAAUAACAAAAAUGUUGCCGAAAUAUAACAUCAGCUAUUUUAGGUACCUACACCUUUUUCGUCGUAAGAUAAGCAAUCGAGUUUUAGUUUUAAUUACUACAAUUAUUAUUUUUAAUUUUUAUUAUUAUAGUUAUAAUUAUUUUAAGGGAUUGUUCUAAUAAAGUUUUGCAGCAUCAAA